GAAAAGAUAACUCGACAUUAAUUUUGUCGAAUGAAGCCAGUCAUAUCUCAGAAUCGCUGAAUUUGUACUUUAUCGAUAUCUUAGUUACUAGAAUAAACAUAUUUGAGUGGCCAACGAAGUACUGAAUAAUGUCUCAGACGAUCCCUGCUAAACCCAAUCCAUUGUUUGAUUAUCAGCGACUGAAUUUGUCAAAAUUCAUAUUGGAUGUAAAACAUUUUUCUUCAAAAGAUGAACAGACUAAAGCAGAAGAUAUGUAUAAACAAUUAAUGGGAAAAGAAAAAGAACUGAAAGACAUGCUUAAAGAGAAGGUACCUGUGUCUGAUAUGCCAGGCAAUUUCACUUUGAAAGACUUCACUGAUCAAGUGAAAUCCAACACUUUGACUAAAGCCUUGAAAGUACACUUUAACAAUGGAAAAAACGAUAGAGCAGCUUGGGAUUACCUGACCUUGACCCAGUCUGCUAUGGAGCUGGAAACACGUAAAAAUCAACCAGCUCCAACUCAGACUGAUAAAAAAGGACAGACACAAGCUAAUCCAAGCCCCAGUGUAAAAGAACCAACACCUGGCACUGCUGGUGAGCCAUCAAAUACAGAUGCACCAAUGGAGACUGAUCAUUUUGAUGACAUGUAUAGCCAUGGGUAUGAAGAUGAAAUGGAAGAUUUCAGGAAUUCUGUCAUCUCCAGUUUGAUUUGGAUGAAUCACGAUUAUUUUGACUCUAAGAUUUUGUCCAAGGCACAAGUCGAAUGCAAAUAUUAUAAGAAUUUAGAAAGGGAAUGGAUCAAACAGAAAAAAGGAGAAGUACCGAAUGGAACCAUAGACCUGUUUAAAAAAUUGCCCCAAAACAGACCUAUACAUGCAGUCAUUACUACAAUACUAGAGCAGGCAAGGAAAACUGAGCAUGCAGUGGCUGCAGCAGGAGAAUAUGUUAAACUGAGGACCAUGGAACAAAAAAUGCCCCCGAAACAGAUUCCAAAAGAUGUUGAGUUAGAUGAAAGAGAUCCUAAUUGUUCCCUAAAAAAGAUCGCUGAGAGAUACAGAAUGCCCAGCAGUCGUUCCUUCAGACAGGCAGCAGAAUUUAAAAUGGUUCCUUUGGAAGAAUAUAAACAACUUAGAGGAACAAUAGAACAUCAAAGAAACCAGAUUUCUGAAUUAAGCAGCAGGUUGAGUGGAAUUACAAGCCAGCAAAUAGCCGAUGGAGAAAUAUUUACAGAGAUCGGAGACCAAAAUAAACCAAGACGCCUUGGUCAGAGAUUCUCUGAGGUGUUUGAGGACACCUGGUCAAAUGCUUAUGAAGUAUUGAAACCUAAAAGACCUGAAAGUAAGAAGGAAGACGAGAAGGAAGAAAUGGAUGAAAAAACGAUUGAAAUCUUACAAACUGUUGUAAAGGUGAUUUAUGACUUCUGUAAGAAGACAGCUGAUAAUCAGGUGACUAAACUUAUGAUGGGAAUGACUCCACCCAUAUUUGAUCCAAUGAAUACUAAGAAAGAGACGAAAGGUGAUGAUGAAACUAUACCAAAAACAGAAAAAAUGGCCAAAGAUUACAGAAAAGCUGUUGCCCCAGCAACCAUACCUAUCCUUAAACAGAUUAUUCUAACACAAGAGUUGCAGGGUAAGGUACUGACAGACAUUUCUAUAGGCAAAGAACUGAAAGAAUAUGUUGAUAACUGCGUAAACCUAAUUUGGUAUAUGUGUAUUCAGCAACCACCAAUGGAAAUUGUCUGGGGAAAACGUGGUGAAAAAUUUAAUAAGGAAAUGUUCCGCUUCUCAGGAAAGAAAGGAACAAAAUUCAGGCUUACUGUCUGGCCAGCAGUUUUAUAUUUUAAAGACGGAGCUUUGGCUGCACCGGGUUAUGCAGUUCCAGAAUAAAUAAACAAUAAUAUAAUGGCUGAAUUUUUCAUAUGAAUUCAGUAGUAGAUACAAUUGCUGUGAUUAUAUAUGUAUUUUUGUAUUAUAAUUUCAAAGGAUAAUAAAACUUCUGUAAAGUU